CGCUUGGCGCACUGGACGCCGGGAAGUGUAGUAUUGCUGCGCCUGGUGUCUAUAGAACGUUCGGUGUAGCGCGUUGCACACCGGGAAAUGUAGUUUUCCUUCAGCUACCCCGCGGAAUCUCUCCUUACCGACAUGGCGGACAGGAGGCGGCGGAGGAGACGUGCGUCCCAGGAUAGUGAAGAGGAGGGGGAAGAGGAGUCCGGGAGUGACAGUACUGGGGUGGAGCGGGCAGUACAGCCUGCUAGAACCGAAGGCCGGGAACUGGGUAACCGGAGAGUGGAGGCGGCGGCGGCGGUGGCGGUGGCCAGAGAUGGGAAGGAGUCUGAGUGUGAGAGUGAGGACGGUAUAGAAGGAGAUGCUGUGCUGACGGACUACGAGAGUGCUGAGGAGUCAGAAGAGGAAGAGGAGGCUCGCUUCAGUGAGGAUGAUGCCCUUAAAACAACUUUGAAAUCCGAAAAUAAUGCAUCUGAGACACCUGCCCCAAAAGAAGAAAAGCCCAAGUCAAAGGGAGCAGUUACAGGGGAGCGGCAGAGUGGGGAUGGACAGGAGAGCACAGAGCCAGAGGAGAACAAGACCACCAAGAAGUCUCAGAAACAGCUGGAUGAUGAUGAAGACAGGAAGAAUCCAGCCUAUAUUCCUCGUAAGGGGCUCUUCUUUGAACAUGACUUGCGUGGACACACAAAUGAUGAGGAAGUCAGGCCAAAGGGACGCCACCCCCGCAAACUGUGGAAGGAUGAGGGUCGGUGGGAGCAUGAUAGGUUUCGGGAAGAUGAGCAAGCUCCGAAGUCUAGAGAUGAGCUAAUUGCUAUGUACGGUUAUGACAUCCGGUCAUGUAAAAAUUCAGAGGAGAUUCGCCCACGUCGACCAAGAAAGCCAAGGUAUAGCAGUCCUCAGAGGGAAGACGAAGAUGAAAAGCCUAACAGACUUUCAAACCGUUACCAGGAGUCGAAUUCUGCUCCUCCACCAAGAACCUACAACAAUCGCAGUGCUCCCAAUAACGGCAGAGCCCCCCCUAAUAGGACUUAUUCUCGGCCAGGAUACAAAGAGAAUCGGCCUGCCAGCUACCCUCCUGAAGAUGGUACUACCCCACAUUCUACUUCAGAGAGAAGGCAAGAGUAUGGAGGCUACCGAGGGAGAAGUACAGAGCAGACUCCAUCACAGCCCAGUGAAAGCUCCACUGAAGUGCAAAUCAAAACCGAACCAGCAGCUAACAAACAAGUGGAAGAUCCAUCACCUCCACCUCCAGAUCGACCUGUGGAGAAAAAGUCCUACUCCAGAGCUAGACGCAUUCGGGUUAAAGGGGGAGAAGCAGGAAAGAGCAUAGAUGACACUACAUUCCCUGACUUGCCACCUCCCCCACCUCCUCAGAUACCUACGGAAGUGGUUCCAGAGCCCUCCCCUCCAAUACCUGUAGUGAAACCUGGUAGCUGGGAGCCUCCUGUAGAAGGUAAUGUGACAGGACUGGAACAGGACUUGUCACAGGUCAACAUUUCAGAUCAAAACUGGAGUCCAGGACAGUCUACGUACAUCCCUGCACGUGGAAUUCCAAAUCAUAUUCACAUGGCAGGAGGACCUCCCCAGUACAACCGCUUGGAAGGAAUGGGUGUUCAGAGUGGGCGUGUUAAAAGGUAUUCCUCUCAGCGUCAGCGACCAGUGCCAGACCCUGCUCCCAUGCACAUCAGCCUCAUGGAAGGACAUUACUAUGAUCCACUCCAAUUCCAGGGACCAGUAUAUACACAUGGAGAAAAUCCUCCUUCUAUUCCCCCUCAAGGGAUGAUUGUACCGCAAGAAAUGCACCUUCCUCAUCCAGGUUUGCACCCGCCUGCUGCUCCGAUGUCUACCCCAAACCUUUACCCUGGCCCAGUUCCCAUCCCCCCUGGACAGCCCCCCCCUCAACAGUUAUUACCUCCACCUUACUUUACUGCUCCCCCUAGUGUCAUUAAUUUUGGAACUCCAACCUACCCUUAUCCACCAGGUGCCCUUCCGCCACCACCACCACCGACCCAUUUAUAUCCCAAUACACAGGCCCAGUCCCAAGUGUUUGGAGGAGUAACGUAUUAUAACCCUGUACACCAACAAGUUCAGCCGAAGCCUUCACCACCACGACGCACAUCGCAACCAGUCACUAUAAAACCACCACCACCCGAGGAAAACAGACACUUGAAGGCAAGAGAGAAGAGCAGCUCCUGAGCUUAUUUCCCAAGAAGAGUGUCCUGGUUUAUAGAACAGUAUUUUAUUUUUUCCUUUUAUUGUUUUAAUUUUUCUUUACUGAAAAAAAUAUCUCGGGCCGUGAGGGAUUCCCCAGAUUUUAUUAGAACUUUAAGCUGUUCUUUGCACCAUUCACCAAUAGAGAUGUCAUUUUUGGUAUGUUGAUAGACCAUUAAAUGUAUAUUGUUACAUGUUUGGAUAUAUGUAAGGAAAGUUUUUGUUCUUUUGCUGCGUGCCUACGUUCCUUCUGUCUUUGUACAGCUUUUUAUUUGGAAAAAGCGCAAGUGAAACUGCUGCUAAAAAAAAAAAAGUAUUACAUUCAACGGAUAUAUUAAAAAAUUAAUCUUUGAAGUGUUUCCAAGAUAUUUUCCUGAAUAGAACAAGUUGUGAAAAAAAAGUUCUUUCCAUCAACUUCCAAACCGUUGUCUGUAGUUUGUAAUGUUGCGAAGAAAUCCCCCAGACGUACUGUAUUCGUAUUUUUUUUUCUUGUCUAGAGCGUUGUCUCGUGGGGAGGUGCUGGACAUAGAGAUUCUCUGUGGCACUCUUUGGAUUCGUGUGUCAUGCUCCGCCCCUGGAGGUCCAGUAUCUGGCUAUACACAGUUUGCUUUGCCUGAAUUAGAAGCCCAUAGUUGCUUUAAGUAAGCAGAUAAAUGACGUUAGCAGGCUGCAGGUUAUGGCAGGUGGACUUUAGUACAUGAAGUCUUAUGGCAAGCAAGAUCAGAAGUUCUUGCCUUUUAGUUUCUGCCUAAGUAUGGAUAUCAAUCAAGAGUCCUUUAUUUUUGCAUCAUAUGCUAUAGUUAGGAGAAGAAAUGAUUGGGACUGUGCUGUCCAGUAGCCCUCAGUUCAUUGGCUGUAUUAGUCUAGGGAUACAGACUAUAGAGGCCGCAUAGCUCGCUCCAAUGCCCAUGUCAGUAACUACUGCGUACUAAAGUAAAUGCCUGUAUAAUUUCUCUUGGAUUAUAAUAUAAUAUAAUUUGAGAUGGUCAGUUUGGUUAUUGUACUUUUGCUCAAAUAUGGGGUUGCAUGCAUAAAAAGAAAAAAUCAGUGUUGCCCAUAGCAACCAGUCACAUCACUACAUAUUCUAGGAAAUUGAAGCUGAAAUUGGAUUUACUUUGCCCCUACAGCUGUAUACUGAAUAAACCUUUUGUUUUGAAGAAUAAUUAAACCAUUAUACACAUUGUAUUUUAGGAAAGCGCCACCUAUAGCACUCGGCUACAUCAGGGUUCCUAGUGAUUGGAGUGGGUUGUAAUGAUGUUCUGGGGUAUGGGAAUGUGUAUACUGCUGACCACCCACCCAUUCAGCCUCUGGAUAUUAAUGAGCGGAGACUUCCUCUAACUGAUGUACCCUGAUGUAUGACCAGCUUUAGAAUACGUGUCCUCAAAAAUUCUGGUCCAGCGGCAUCCAUUGUUAUUCUUGGUGGCUGUAGAAAGAAGGGGUCUGCAUCUGAGAAAUGUAAAAAUAUUAAAGGAAUGCUCUGGACAAAACAGAAACAUUGUGUUAUGUCUAGUGCAGGGUCUGAGAGGGUGGAGCAUAACAGCAAUUCUUUAAAUCUGUGUCAUUCCCUGUAUGGGAAUUAAAGGGGUGGUCAAAGUUCAAACUUUUCUGGGACAAACAGCAGGGAGGCUGGAAUGUCAUAGUGACACAUGAAUGGUUUUGAACGGAGGGAGUCCGAUAGCUGAGACUCCCAUUAUCGCAAAAAUGUGGAGAUAGAUGCACCCUCUCUCUCCUUUCAGCAGCGAGGAGACAGCACUCCAUAUGUGCAUUUUUAACUCCAUGUUUUUGUGAUUUAUGGGGUCCAAGUACUCCGGGGGGGGGGGGGAGAGAAUUGGGGGAAUAUAUGGCUGUGACAUAUCAAGCAUUUUGAAAGUACAAGGACACUUUAAACUUACCUUCCUCACCUCCUCUAAUCCAGUGUUUUAGUCCAUUCACCACAUUACACAUAUUGAAGUGUUGCUAUCAUUGUCAUAACUGCAACUUUUAUUUCAGGACUGUUCCCUUUUUCCCCAAAAAUAGAUCCUGGAAAAACCACUGCUGCUGGAAUCCAUUGUCAAAUCUGUUGUCUUCAUAAGUGCUGGUUCAUUCAUCUGGCUAAGGGCUCAUGCAUUGGCAAUCUGCAGAUCCGUAAAGCACGGAUACCAUCCAUGUGCAUUCCGCAUUUUGCUGAAUGUAACAGUUGGCCCCUAAUAGAACAGUCCUGUCCUUGUCCAUAAUGGGACAUGUUCUUUUUUUUUUUUUUCCCGGGCCCCAUUGACGUGAACGGUUCCGCAUACGUGCUGGAACAGACA